AUGCGUCAUUUUUCGCGAAUUUCACACAUCCCACCCCUAUCUCAAUUUAUCAAUCCAGUCCUCAAUUCUGCUAUCCCCGUUCCUGAAAAAUUGACAGACCUUAAAUACUAUUUGCAGACUUAUGGCUGCGCCAUGAACGAGAAUGAUUCACAAAUAGUUAGCAGCAUCCUCCAUUCUGCUGGGCUUAAAUCAACAGACACAUCAGACAAAGUAACAUCCAAAUAGGCCGAUUUAGUACUAAUCAACACCUGCUCUAUUAGAGAAAAGGCAGAGCAAAAAGUAAAACAAAGGCUCCAUGAGCUUUUAAAGCAAAACAAAAGGGCAAAAAUCGCAGUUUUAGGAUGCAUGGCUGAAAGGCUUAAAAGUUCUCUUUUAGAAGAAAAACUUGCACAUAUUGUGGUAGGGCCUGAUUCAUAUAGAGCUCUUCCAAAAUUAGUAGAAGCUGUAAUGUGUGAUGGCAAAAAGAAGGGUUAUGCAUUUUCACUAUCAAAACGGGGAAAAGAAUUUUUUUUCAAAACAAUUUUUUUUAAAUUUUUUUUAAUAAUUUUUUUAGCUUCCCAAAAAGAAAUGCUAUAGAUGUCCAACUUUCUCUUGAAGAAACAUAUGCUGAUAUAACCCCAGUUAGAAACAAUGAAAUUUCAGCUUUUAUUUCUAUUAUGAGAGGCUGUAACAAUAUGUGCAGCUUCUGCGUGGUCCCAUUCACAAGAGGACGGGAAAGAAGCAGACCGAUGGCUUCAAUACUUGAAGAAGUAAAGCUUUUGCACAGCAAAGGAAUCAAAGAAAUCACCUUACUAGGUCAAAACGUUAACUCUUACUGUGACACCACUUCGGACUCUGUAAAUUCUCACGAAAACACCCCAGGUUUUUCUGAGCUUUUCAAAUCCCGACCAUCAGGCGCCAGGUUUGCCCAGCUCCUAGCCAAUGUGGCAGAAGAAGCCCCAAAUUCGAGAAUAAGGUUUACAUCCCCUCACCCCAAAGAUUUUCCCCAAGAAGUCCUCGACGUUAUGAAAGCCUAUCCAAACCUCUGUAAGCAGGUUCACUUACCCUUACAAAGUGGAAGUGACAGGAUUUUAUAUUCAAUGCGGAGAUACCAUACACAACAAGCCUAUUUAGAUUUAGCUGAAAGAAUCAGAAAUGAGCUGCCUGGGGUCGCUUUGUCUACAGACGUAAUUGCAGGAUUUUGUGGAGAAACUGAAGAAGACCAUCAAGAGACGCUUAAAGUAUUGAGAACUGUAAGGUUCGAGCAAGCUUAUAUGUUUGCCUACUCAAUGAGAAGUAAAACACAUGCAUUUAAUGCGAUGCAAGAUGAUGUAAAAGAGGACGUAAAGAAAGGAAGGUUGGCAGAAAUUAUUGAGGUUGUAAAAGAAAUACAAAAGGAAAUAAAUCAAAAGGAAAUUGGGAAGACUGUGAAGGUAAUGGUAGAUGGGCCAGCAUUGAAAGGGAACUGGGACUGGACUGGGAGAACAGAACAGAAUAAGAGGACUUUUGGAAAGGGAAGCUGGAAAUUAGGACAGGAUAUUGAGGCAAGAGUUGUUUCGGCAAGCAGCCAAACGUUGUUCACAGAAGAGCUAUAA